AUGAAAUUCGCUAUCGUUACCUUUUUUACUUUGGCCUUGGCUUUGGGCGUUCAAUCAUCCAUAAUUCCCUGGGGUGGUGUAGUGACACAAGUGGCUGGAGGUCCUCUUGCACACACAUCUGUUAUAUCCCCACUUGGUUUACCUUGGGGUGCUGGUGUUGUAUUAGGUCAUCCACAUGCUGCUAUCUCCGUACACGGUCCUGCUGCUGUAGCAGUACAUGGCCCCGCUGCUAUUCCAGCCGCUGUACAUGUUCCCGCUGUUGUAGGUGGCCACGCUAGUUAUGUUGCCAAAACCCGUGGUGCUGUUCACUCUGCUCCCUUGGCCGGUCAUCUCAACUCGGUAGCUAAUGUAAAUGUAGCCCCAGCUCCCGGAACCUGGUAA